AUGACGCACAGGCAGCUGGGUGUCAACGGCAUCAAGGUGCAUACGGUGACAACAGGUAGUGCUGACAAGCCGCUCAUGCUGCUGCUGCACGGCUCUCCUGAGCUGUGGGGAAUGAGGGAGCAUCAGCUGAGCCAUUUCAGAGAGGACAACAACGUGGCCGCUAUCGACAUGAGGGGCUACGGAGAAAGCUCUCGCCCCGGAGAUCCCAGAGACUACUAUAUCGAUCGCCUUGUCCAAGAUGUGGUGGAUGUGGUGCAUGAACUCGGCUACAAGACGUGCGUCCUCGUCGGCCACGACUGGGUCUCCAAGCCUGGAGAGUUCCGCCACUGCCAACCGCGCACAGAUGCGACAACCCUGCAGGGUCCCUGA